AGGGAGGAGUCUUCACAAAAGGUUCGGGCACAGAGUGAAAAGCUGCACAAGGAAACUCAGCGGCUCUAACAUGAGUACAGAAGUGAGUGUGAAGAAAGAAAAUGCAACAAAAGGCGAAUGGAAGUGCCCCACCUCUCAAGGACACAUCCCCAGCGAAGACGUGAGGAAGGUGUGGAAAGAAUGCCAACAAGAAAGCUUCUGGUAUAGAGCUCUUCCCCUGUCCGUCGGUAGCAUGGCUGUCACGGGCACUCUCAUCUACAAUGGUAUUUGGAAAACGUCAAAGCGGUUUGGUCCCUUUCCAAAACUAGCAGUUGCCGGAAUCCUUGGCUUUGCCGUGGGGAAAGCAUCUUACAUCAGCACCUGUCGUCGCAAGUUACAGGAGCUCGGCCCCGGGAUCGACCCACCGUUUGGGCCUUGGUCUGGCCCCUUUAAUCGCGGACCCAGGUCCUGUCAACAUGUGUGCGAAGAGUGUAAGAAAAAAGUUCCGGCGGGACCUACAGAAUGAUUACAAGAAAAAAUUAAAUGUGUAAUUCAGGGAUACGUUACAAAGGAUGGUAACUUAAUUUUUAAAUAACUUUGAUUUUCUCUUUCCCUGCAUUAAAAUUAAUAAACAAAUAAAGAAAUAAAUGAACA